UCCAUUUUAUAAACAAACAUCAAACAAUAAAUAUCUGUAAGAAAAGAGCAAAGCGGAUUUUUCUAAUUAUUUUUAAGGUUAAAAGUGUUGUCAAGUUGUGUAUUGUUGCUAUUAACAUAUAGUUUAAAUUGAAGAAAAGUACUGUUAUACGUGAUGGGAUCUGAUAUGAAUCAGAAACUGAAGAACGUCGUACAGCAUCUGGUUAAAUUCGAAAAGGCGCCCAAAGAAAUAAAGGGGAGGCUGAUUACCGAAUGGUUCCGCGCGGGGGAGCGGCUUUUUGAGGAGUUCCACGGGUUGGGCGUCGGCGCCGGCUGGACCGCCUCCAGAGUUAGGAGUCAACCUGAGGUGGCGGAGAUCGUCGCCAAGGUUACGAGUAACCAGGACUGGCUGCAGAGCUUCAUCACGAUCUACCCUAACCUGAGAGUGGACCUGGAGGGCGCCGUGCCGGCGGUGGACGUGUGUAGGGUGCGUUCCGGCGUAGAGUUCCUGCUGCGAGGCUUCAAGGGCAUCAGCUCCUCCUUCGACAAUGUGUUGAGGGACCUCGAGGAGCUAGGCGAGCUGGAGGAGCUGGACGCGCAGCUGCGCUUGUGGCUGAGUACCGGGCACCGCCCCGAGUUCUUCCCCGGCGACGUGCCCGCCAAUACUCCCGACUCGCACUGGUGGUGGUCGUGAUCCACCUUCUAAAAUAAUAAAAUCGAAACAAUUCAAAGCAAACGACCAUACUUCGACCAAUAUUUCGUACAGAGUUUAAAAAGUCUUCAAGAUGGAUGUUUCGGAGUCGGAGUGGGUGACGAAGGCCAUCGAGAACGUGGACAGGUAUCUCCACCGCGGCGGGCGCUGCCAGGGCGAUGUGCCGCAGCUGCUAGGUGGCACCGACCUGCUCAACACGAUCGGCAUGGCCAUGGGUCUGCCCUUCCGCGACCCCGCGCGCUGGACCGACGCCGAGAUGCGCCUCGCGCUCGAGAACCGCCUCGUAUACUACGAGGGUACCGCGCGCGAGGCCAUCGACGUGGUGGCCGCGCAGAUCCGCAGCUGCUGCGGCGGCGACGACAAGAACUUCAUCACGGUGCUGCCCAUCGAGCUGUUCUACCAGGGCAAGCUGUACGAGCUGCCGCUGUUCCGCGUGCGCCGAUACAAGGACACGGGCCGCAAGUACUACGUCGACAACGUCGGCCGCAGCUACGACUCCGUCUCCGACUGGUACGACAACAGCAAGCUGCCGCCCUGCAAGAUGGGCUACCCGCACAACCUCGAGCUCAAGCUGCGCCCCGGCUACGACUACUCCCACAUCCUGAUAUCCUCGACCCCGCCGGCGCGGAGCGGCGCCCAGGCCGUGCGCGCCGUCGACACGGUGGCGGCGGUGGCCGGCAUCGGGUCCGGCAUCGGGCUGCUGUUCGCGAGCGGCGGACUGGCCGCGCCGCUUGUGGUGACCGGCGUGGCCACGGCCAUCUGGGGCACCGGCCGCUCCACCGCGCAGCUCGCGGACCGCGCCAUGCACGGCGAGAGCGUCAACCCCUUCACCAACGCGGAGUCCCGCAUGAUGUGGCUCGGCGUCGCCGCCAACCUGGUCAGUUUCGGCGCGAUGGGCGCCUCCAUGCGGCUGGCAUCGCUCGCCGCGCGCGGCCAGACCAUAUCCAACGCCUUCAGGAUAUUCGUCAACGUGGCCAACGGCACCACGGUGGCGGUGAGCGGCCUCGCCAUCCUCGACACGACCGUGUUCCUGUGCAACCACAGCGAGGACCUGUCCGCCGCCGACGUCCUCAUGCACGUCGCCUCGAUCGCCUUCUGGACGAAGGGCCUCUUCACCUACAAGACGGCGGGCACCAUCAUCCGUGACGCGGAGAACUUCGCCUUCGCACAUAUCGGCCGCGAGCUGAGCGGCGACCAGGUCAACGAGCUGAGCGCGCUGCGCGUGCGCUUCGGUGACGACGCGCAGCUGCUGCGCGAGUUCUAUCGGGCGGCGCGAGAACACAACAUCUCCGUCCGCAGCUUCUCUCAGAUCCUGCUCGACGCCAGCUCCCACGGCAACCUCCAGUUCGACGGCCGGGGCAAUUUGAUCCUGCCCGGCGGGCAGAGCUACUCGUUCGACUUUCUGAGCCGGUUGCCGGGCAACGUGCGGCAACACUACUUCGACAUCGUGACCAACCUGCGCCCGGACCAGACCGAGGUGUUCGAGAGCUUCCGGCGCUUCGUGAACGACGACAUGAACCUGAUCACGGGGCUGGACCGCGUGGCCAGCCGGUACAACGUGAACGCGCGCCAGGCCACCGAGGGCGUCAUCGACUUCUGGCGGCGCUACAGCCAGAUGAACCUGCCCGGCGGCGCCGAGGUGUCCAUCCAGGAGGGGCAGCUGGUGCUGGGCGCGGCGCCGCCGAUCGCCAUCCCGCAGCUGCCGCACCUGUCGCCGCCGCUGGUGCGCUUCAUCGGCGAGCACCUGAGCCGCAUGGACGCGCCGACGAGCCGGCACUGGCGGACGGCCAUGCCCGUGCUGCUCAGCCUCGAGGGUAGCGGCCUGUUCACGGCGUGCCCGGUGACGCGCAUCGUGAGCGGCGGACGCGCGGUGGUCUCGCUCAACGAGCAAUUGCACGUGAGCAUCUACCGGCUGCAGGCGAUGCCGGCGGAGGAGAGCCGGCGCGUGUUCGUGCUGGUGGGCGCGCUGCGGGCGGGCGUCGCGGUCUCCGACCUGCCCGCCGAGCUGGUGCGACUGGCGGUGCAGCGUCACCGGCUGCGGCUGGAGGUGCACCGCGCGGAGAGCGAGGCGUGGGCGCGCGCGCAGGCCGCCCGCAGCCCCGCGCUGCUGCGCGUGCUGGCCGGCGAGGGACGGCUGCUGCCGCACGAGCGCGACCGCCUCUACACAUUCCGCGCGACCGUGGACACGUACAAGGCGGCGCCCUACAUGGAGCGCAUGCUGGCCUUCGCGGCGGAGAUGGCGCCGCGCAACGUGGGCGAGCUGGUCGCCUACUGCGAGUUCGUCGUCAAGUACGUGGAGACGGAGAAGCUGGAGGUGGAGCGGCGGCUGCGCGACGGCAGCCUCACGCUGCCCAGAAACGUGAAGAAGGCCGAGUGGACCAGAAGGGAAGCGAGCGAGGCGGUGUUCCGGGACACGUCGGCGAUGCGGCAGAAGUUGAGGGAGCUGCUGGACGUGGUGCGGCGCGAGGACAUGGUGGGUGUGGUGGGUGUGGGGGAGGUGGGGGCGGGCUGCGGGGACACGGAGCUGGUGUCUGCGGCGCGGCGAGUGCGGGUGCGCUUCGGCAGCGCCGUGUCCGCCGCCUACCACAUAUUCAAGCACCCGACGGAGCCUCUCGAAGCGUACGUGAGACUCGCCAACGAGACCAUCCGCAGCUCGGGCGAGAGAUACUCGGUGACGCUGACGCAGGACGGUGACGCGCGCUCGCUGCGCUUCGAGAGCGCCGCGGGAACCUGCGUGUUGCUGGAGAGGGAGGGUCAGCUGCUGCUCUGCACCUUCUCCCCCAAGUGAUGUAGCACCACGCUUCAACUUCACUCACACAACACUUGUACUGUUACGACACGUCUUCCUACAAUUUACACAGUACAAACUUAGGUCAGGUUUAGACUUGAUGUGCACUAAGUCCAUGUCAUUUAGCUGAUGGUAAAUCUUAUAGAACACGGUGUCAUUUGUCGCUUACAUUAAAAGUGAUGUCCAUGACUUGUUGGUGAAACAUUUUUAGGUUAUCUUUUUUUAUAUUUCUUUGUUAGUUAUUUAAGUUCACAGAUAUUUUUGAAGUCUUUUGUAUUUUUAAUACAUUUAUUUUAAAUUAGCUGUCGCCCGCGACUCUGUCCGCGCGGUA